AUGCACAUAUUAUACCCACUUGUGUUGCUCGUUUCCAUGACAACAAUCCAUGCCGCACCUAUCAAAGAUACAAUAACAAAGCCACCAUCCUCGGGUGGUGUACAAGUCAUAGAGCAAGAAUACCUCAACCAAAUACUAUCCACUGACAGCGAUGAAGAUGUUUACUUUGGAAGGACGUGGUCUGAUCUAUUUGACGAGGCUCAGCAGGAUCUGAAAGCGGCACUCAUGAUGGUGUCGUCCUCUUCUGAUGAUCACGUUAUUGAAAUGACCAUUUUAACAAGGACAAAAGAACAAAUGACUGAAUCAUAUCCAUUGGAUGAUAAUAAUGACGAAGAUGACAUGGAUUUUAUGUCUGACACUUGA